AGUACUUGUCACCUGCAAGCUGACGUACAAAGACGGGCUAAAAACCUUUCAGAGCACAAACAUACAGUCCUCGUAAAAGUCUACUUUUGCAGCAGGUACUUUUUGUUUCCUACGUUGUGUGGAACAAGCGUUGAAUCUUUGUGAAGUAUUUCUUCUGCAGCGCGUCGGUUUCUCGCGCACACACUUAAACGUCCUGUUUUCUGUUCAGUGAGAUUCGCGAUGUCCGCGGAGGACGAAUCGUCAUGGCGGCUCCUCUUCAGCAUCGCGUUGAGCCACGGUGAAGCCCUGCACUCGAGGCAGCUGACCUGGGAGGCCUGGAUGGUCUUUCUGAGUUCAGCCCGCCUCAUCGGGACCACCGCUGGCGUGUUUCCUGUGUUGCUGGAUCAGCUCUGGCAGCGGCAAGCGCUGUUCACAGAAGGAGCGCCAAGAAGAGAAAGGCGCAGUGAAAUGUUUACCUCGUCGUCCACCCUACUCGAUGAAGCGUCCCGCCAUGCCUCGGAUAGCACAGGAAGCGUUGCGUUCGUUGAGUUUGGCGGUUUUGUGGACAUGAUGAAGGUGCUCUGUCUGCGCGUCUAUCAGACCUUCCAGUUUGCCCACCUGCGGGCGCAGCACGGCGAAGAUGGCGAUGCGGUGCUCCUUGCCCUACGUCGCUGCGCCGAGGACCGCGUGCUGUUGACCGAGGCGGUGCGGUUUACCGCGUCACGGUACUUGAAGCCUUUCAUUACAGAAAGCACCAUUCACACCACCUCGCGGGUGGGCCUCCGCGCCGCGCGCAACGGGUGGGCGGUGCACGUGAACCGCCUCGUUACCCACAUCGUCGGCGCACUUGCCCAGACGACGAUCGUACCGGUGUACCGUAAAUACGCGAACACCGCCGUGGGCCGAAUGACGGAGGAGGACUACUGUGCCUUUCUGAAAGAUUACCUGCCGGGCUUGAACACGUUGGAGGAGACGUGCGCGCUGGCGAUCUUCACACACGGCGGCUUUCCAGAUAUCCGGCCCCUGCUGAAGCCGUUGCUGUCACUCGCAGCGACAUCCGCCGACGUUUCCCUUCUCACCUCCACCCCCACGCUUGGCUUGACUGAUUUCAUAGAGGCACUUCUCAUGUUGGCGGUGGUGGUGUCCGCGGACGAGGAGCGGCAUCCCAGCCUCCGUCCCAUCACGGCGAAGGUGUGGCUGUUCUUUGAACGCUACCUGUGCUGCGGAGGGACGGGGGGCAGCUCCAUGUGUGCUGACCCCUACGUGACUGGACGGUAUGCUGCGAUGCCGCCUGGCCUGGUCGCGGUUUUUCCGAACGUCGUAGCACUGCUGCCGUGCCCGACGUUGUUUGUUGAGGUCUGUAACGCGCCCUGCUACGUGGAAGAGGGAGACACAAGUUCCAGUCCUCCCCCCACUUCGGUGAAGCAGCCGGCUCUGUCGCCCGGCUCGCCGAACAGCGAUAAAACACCUUUUCUCACGGAAGUGGUUGCCCAGGCGGACACAACCGAUUCGUCACCUACGAAGCCCACCCCUCUCGCCGCUCCAAAAGGAAAUGUUGCGAUGGAAGCGGCCUCGCCUUUUUUUGCGGCCCGGUGGAGCCUGCUGGAGUGCAACGCGGAUGUUCCUUUUUUCGGUGAAGGAGAGGCGCUGACCGCAUGCCAGGUCACGGUGGGCGGCACGGUGGUCAACGCCACGCCCACCUCGUGCCCUGAGAUUUGGAAGAUCAGCCUCUCCGCCCUGUCACUGGAGUCUGUGAAGUUGAAUCGAUGCGCGGUGGAGACAACAGCGACGACUGCCGGGUUGGAUGAUGGCGGUAGCAAAAGCAGUGGCAGUGAAGUGAAGCUGAUCUUUACGCCGCUCCGAUCCUUUCCCGUGGAGCUCGUGAUACCGGAGGGCGACGGGACUGGCGGCAACGCGAGGAAUGGUGGCAAAGCAGAGAAGAGCAACCGACUCCAAAAUUCUGAUGGAGACGCAGCUGAGCAUCUCAUGCCGUGGGGAUGCAAGGACGUGGUGCUCACCGACACGUCCGUCACUCAGCUGAUGACGGCUUCCUUGGUGAGCCGCGUGCGUGCCCUUCUCGAUGAAGCGAACAAAGCGUCCAGCACACCCGUCGCCGCCGCCACCGCUGACAGCGCACCGUCUUCUCUACAGCAGGCAACGGUUUCACUUGCGUCGUUCUGUGAGGUGUGCCGGCGGCUGCGGUGGUGUGGAGCGCGCGAGAAGGACGGUGCGACGGAUCUCGAGCACCUGUGCAGUCAGGCGCUGACGAGUUGCCGCCUCUAUCACCGCCUUCUGCACGCCAGCGCAUCGCGCCGUAAUGCGGCACCUCUGCCGCCCUCAGACGGGUCGCAGCGGAUGAGCGUGCUGGAGGUGUUGGGCUGCCUGUCGGUGUUGCUGUUCCGCGAUGAUUUGUGCGGACUGCGCGACAUCCCCGACGUGCCCCGCCGACUGGAGUUAGCGCUGCACUCGGCCAUCAGUGCGGAGACGACGCCUGCAACGACCGCCACGCCGGCUGCCGACCUUCAGGCGGGGAAAAAGGCAGACAUCCGCAGUCUUCCCCACAACAAACUUCGCGACGAGCCCUUCAUGUUGGCGCUGGAGCGAAAGGAACUGCAAUCGGCGGCAUCGCGGGAACGACGGGCUGCGUUGAUCAAAGCGAUUCGGGAUCAUCACACACAGCAGAUGUCGGGUCCCGUUGUGCUGCCACCGCUGCCAGAGAGUCGCCCAAACGCCAUGCGGCUCGUAUCGCAGUACGGCAACGUCGAUCCCACAGAGGACUUUCAGCGCGUGAUGCUGGAGGGGGCAGAGACAGUCAAGGCGUAUUUCAUCGAGAAGGAGCUUGCCAUUCCUGAGUGGCGAGGAAGCUAG